AUGUUGGAAAGCGGCGGAAAUUACGACGUUGCAGCCAUGAGUGACAUCCUGGAUCACGGAUUGGGCGAACAACUGGCAGCGGCCCUGCUCACUUGGGGUGGGGAACAGGACCAGGAGGCGAGACGGCAACCGAGAACGCAACCAGAUCAUCAUAACGAGCCCGGUGCUGAUGCCCGCUCAGAUUCCAGUUUUGACUCUGCCUCUGACUCUGGCUCUCUCACUCCUCUGGCCCGUCAUCAUGUUUACUUCCACAAACUGAUGCGCUUCGCCGACGACAGCACCUGGAGCAAGACAGCCCUGGGCCCCCACAGGCGCGAUAUUAAUGUCAACCUGGAGGACGGCAACGACCGUGACGACAACCUGGAUGCUACCGAUUCCGAUAGCACCUUCACCACCCAACCAGCCAAGAGCAUCAAUAUCUGUGCCCGUUAUUGCCAGCACAGGGUAGAGACCAUGGAGAACCCACCGCUGCCCCCACAAAACUGGGACAAGGAAUUGCCGCCAACACCCUUCGAUACAACCCCUACCUCAUCAUCAUCACAUCCCCAGAUGUCUUGCAGGAUAUCAACCUUCCCGUUCUCGCAUCCAUGUGACAUACCAGAGUUGAUACUUGAUCCGGAUGAGGACCAUCUUCACACCGAACCCAGCCCGCUGCCAUCCGGGCUCGCCACCCCCAGCGUGGUCAACGACAUCUUCCAACCUCUUAGCCAGACUGCUUCCCCUGAUCUCGAGUUUGGUCCCUUCACUCCACUCGCCCUCGAGGCGGAUCCUCAGCACUCCAUGGAACAGCAGCAGCAGUCCAGAAAGAUGUCCAUCAAGACCAUGGUCUCGGACGUAUCAGACGGUCUCGGUAUUAUUGAAGAAGAAGACGACGUCAACACCGACGGCGUGUCUAUGCUCACUUCGACAGAGGCCUCUUUUGGUGGAGCCGCUGGCGGAGAAUCCAGCAUAGAUCGGUUUGGGAGGGUAGAUUCAAGGGCCUACCAACCCCAAGCAUGGAGCAUCAGUUCAUCGGCCGGUAGCACCGGGUCGAGCGAGUGGCGCCCCAGCAUCAAGAGCUCACGAAAGUCGGUAACCCUCCUCUCGCGCAUGCGCGGACGCCACUCGGUAGUGCAGGAGGAGCCUUUGGAAAAACGGUCGCUGACUCCGUACGAGCUCAGUGCUCCAGCACCAAGACAGGACGACGACAACUGCGUCGACAUGCCGCCCCCGCCGACUGGAUCAUCGCUGCCUACCAUUCACAGUCGCACCGAGAUCACCUCGACGACCAACCCUCGGUUCUUUGGCAGAAUUCCGUGGUUGACAAGUGAUUCGCAGCCCGAGAAGCAGGGGACCGUGUUUGGUGUUGAUUUGAAUUCGAGCAUCAAACUGGCGCCCAUGAAGAUUCGGGUGUCACAUCGGGGAAGGGGGUCAUCGUACCGGACAUAUCCGCUAGGCGUUUACAAGUGCUGCGAGUUCAUUCGCAAAGAGGGUACCUUAUGUUUCCCACCUUUUGCGUUGCGAGGACUGAAUGACACUGACAUUGGAUGCUUUGCAGGCAACAAAGCCGGCAGAGCUUUUUGCUCUCCCGGCAACGCCUUCCACGUGGCACAGCUCAAAGAAAUCUUCAACACAGGACCGACUUACGGCGAGAAUUUCCAGUUUGAAGGUACCGACUACACGGUCCACGAUGCCGCGCGUUUGAUUCUGUUAUACCUUGAGGAACUGCCCAAACCUCUCAUCACGUCAUCAGUUGUAAGGUGUUGGGUGUUGCUGGCCCGCCAAGAGGGAGCCAUCGAGCCGCCUUGUCCACGGGUCGAAACCGGACUCGACUUUUGGACCGAAGCCCUCAGCCGUCUGCCAACCGCGUCCCGCAAUCUCGUCAAGCACCUACUCGCCAUAUUUGCCGAGGUCUUGCUGCAAACGACGGGAAACGUCACGGAGGCAGAUUCACGGCAUUUUGCCUCGGCAGUCUCGCGGGCACUGUUCCAUCAGGACACCGACGCCAGUGUCGUGGCUGGUGGUGCUCCCACAGCCAGCAAGAAGAAGACCAAUAAAAGGAGCGUCCACCCAACGCUGGCUCUUGCUUUCUUGAUCAAGAAGCGAGGAGAAUAUUCGGCGACGUUGGGCAAGGCUACAAAUAUGGGUACCAAGAGAGACACCCAGUUUUUGCCCACCACGAAGGAAAUCAUGCAAUGGAAGGGAUAG